AUGUGGUUAAACCUUGAAGUUAACGUUCAUAGUGAAGGUUCAGGUGUUGAAGCCUUCGAUUCAACUACAUUUGAUGCUUCUUUAAACUGGAAGGAUAUUGAAUGGUUAAGAUCUGUUACAAAGUUGCCAGUUCUGGUCAAAGGGAUACUCAAACGUGAAGAUGCUCUUAAAGCUAUUGAAGCUGGUGUAGAUGGGAUAGUUGUUUCAAACCAUGGGGAUCGCCAGCUUGACUAUUCACCAGCUACUAUAACUAUUUUAGAAGAGAUUGUUCAUAUUGUUGGAGGGAGGGUGUCGGUUUUGCUUGAUGGAGGUGUGGGACGAGGGACAGACGUUUUCAAAGCGUUGGCACUAGGAUCACAAGCUGUUCUUGAAAGCUUUUCUAGGAUUUGGACAUUUGGCACACAUCUUUCAGGUUGCUCUAUGUUGAUAUAAUGACGCAAUUUGGUUGGGUUAUGCAGAUAGGGAGGCCUGUAGUGUAUGGGCUUGCAGCCAAAGGUGAAGAUGGAGUGAGAAAAGUGAUUGAGAUGUUGAAGAAUGAGUUGGAGUUAACCAUGGCUAUUUCUGGUUGUCCCACCAUUGAUGACAUCACCAGAAACCAUGUUAGGACUGUGAGUGAUAGACUUAAAUCUAUGCUCUGAUCCUCAAAGACAUUUGUGGAAAGUGUUACUAUGCAUGUCUUUGUGUGGUGUUUUUGUUGUUCAUAUGAACGCCUAUGAGAAAAGGAUCUUCAGAAAGAUUAUCACAUUGUAUACAGUUUCAUAAGUGAAAGCUCUGGUCUGAAAAGAAAACAGAGCUACGUCGUCAUUUACAUGACCAACCAAAUUAAGCUGUCUCAUGGUAAUAAGAUGAAACAAUAUCAAGAUUAUGAAAGUUCCUCCUGGAGCUCCAACUGGGACAGACGAUACUCUCUCUCAAACAACAUAAACUCCUGAAUUUUGUAUUGCAUCCAAAUCGAUCAGAUGGUUUGUCAGUUACUAAGAACAACCAGUUUACAAAAGGGUGAAAGGAUUUUGUUUUUCAAGUAUUACUAACAUGUAACUGUUGCUGGCUGAAUAAAGAGAGAAAACCAGUUUCAUCAGAAGCCACGAGCUCAAUCAGAUCAUCGUGAUCUUCAUGUGGAUCUCCCGACUCCAUUAGACAAACAGAUACCUGCAAGUAUGUCGUUAAGUGAGGGCAAAUAAAACGUGAAAAUUAUCUGUACGAGGCUAGUUGCAAAUAAGAGGCUUUACCUGCAUACACCGGGGUGUACACCCUUGUGCACACCCGUUACACUCUUAUGUACACCGGGUUGUACACCCUUUUGUACAUCGGAGUGUAUACUGGAGUAUACACCCUUGUGUACACUUGGGUGUACACCCGUGCGUACAUUGGAGUGUAUACCAGGGUGUACACAUUUGCGUACGCAGUUUCGUGCGUACACCGAAGUGUACACCUAGAUUACAUUGAAGAAGAUGAGUACAGAGCCAUGCUGAAGCUUACAAACGAGCUAGUAUGGAUCAAGGGCAUCUUGAAGCAUUUGGAGAUUGAUCAACCCACACCAAUGAAGAUGCAUUGUGAUAACCAAGUCACCAUUCACAUUGCCUCCAACUCGGUGUUCCAUGAGAGAACGAAGCACAUUGAAAUUGAUUGCCACAAGGUGAGGCAGAUGAUUGUUCUAGGAGUUAUCUUGCCACGCUACACUAAGAGUGAAGAUCAGUUUGCGGAUGUGUUCACUAAGGCUGCAAGACAAAAGAUUAUGGAGUCCAUUCACAUCAGAUUGGGACUCAUAGAUCUUGGGAAGAAGAAGAGCUGAUCCCCUUAGUCAUGAGGCCUUUACUCUUUUUCCCUCAUCAAGGUUUUGUCCCAGUGGGUUUUCCUUGGUGAGGUUUUUAAUGAGGAAGAUCUCAUGGCUGUCCAAGCUUAGACUUUCACAAAGCUAAGCUUGAAGGGGAGUGUUGAGAUGAGUUAUGAAUAAAGAGAAGCAUGAGAGGAUUAGAGAUAGUGAGAAGGAUGAAGCAUUGAAGAGUUGGGAAGGUUUUAGGAUGGACGGGCCGUACAAGCCGUACCAUCCGUACCGGCCGUACAAGAUAGGCGAGUAAAGAUCGACCAUGGUAACAAUAAGUUACCCGAGUAACUCAUCUGAUGGGAAGAAGCUUUGGUAAAGCUUUGGUUACCUUAUCUGAUCAAUCAGACUGUUGAGGGAGAGGAUAAGACACGCCUUUACAGGCUGGCACAGCUGGAAAGGCAAAAGCAAAGAUACCAAAGGCAUCAAACGUGUGAGAGCUUCCAUUGGAUUAAUUCAAAUCAGCCAGCCUUUACCAUUUGACUUCAUAUGCUUAUGUUCUCUUAUCCAUUUUGAAACCCUAGUUUCUUAGCCUAUAUAUAUUGUAAUCUCAUCUCUUAAUAAAGAUUAGACAGUUCUAAACAAUCAUUCUCCUUACUCAUUUCAUCAUGAUUCUCCAUUAGUCUCUUAAAUCUCUUAUUCUAUCUUAAUCUCUUCUCUAAUCUUUCCUAAACUCAGAUUAUUCAUUACAUUCCUCAAAAGUCAUAUGCAUAGCUUCUCAAAAAUAAUCCAAUGACAAACUCAAACUCCUUUGACUGGGUAACACAUCUCAGCAGUCAAUCUUCCCCAUAGCUAUCUCCUAAUUCCUCUAUCACCACAAUUCUUAUUCUUAUUCUUCUCCUCCCAUAUGCUCUAUUCAUAAUCCAAUUUGAGCCUAACCAUGGAUAAAGUAUUCGCGGAUUUGAGGCAGAGAAAAAAAGCUAUGAACAAAAAUUCAGAACGAAUUCGGGUAACUUACCCAAUAGGUAUCGACUUUAAAA